UCUCACUCAGUUUUUUUGUGUAUGUUAGAAUAGGGAUGUAGUAAAAUAUCGAUUUUUUAUGGACAGAAACAGUUACUAACAAUAAGUUCGUAAAUUUCUUUGCUCGUUCUCCCAGACAUGAGUACUGAGAAAGUCGGUUAUUAUUUUAAUGAAGAUUGCCGUCUGUUCUUGUCGAAAUUUAAAGACAAGGGCUCCUUACAAUUUGACGCUUUCGCUGCUGUAUGGCAAGAAAUGAAGUUUUCUUUCGUCCUGACACAGUGGAAAUAUUUGGGUGAGGUGCAAGAGAUUGUGGAGGAAUACUUAAAAGUUUGCAAGAGGAUUUGGCUGAAGUCGGAAACAGUGGAGGAACGUGUUUGUGGUCUGUACUUACUGCGAGCAAUUUAUCUUAAACAACCUGCAGCACGGUACAUGAAGAUCAGCCUGUCGCACGAUGAUUGGCAGUGUCUGAAACAUUUUUUGUACUUAAUAAAGGAUUUUCAGCAAAAUGAAACUAGGUAUGUACUACAAGAAUUGUUCGAAUUGAACGCAUUUGUCUUCAGUGUACCCGACUGUACGCUGGGAGAAGGCAAAGAAGACGCUGGCUUCUUAGAGUCUCUGGGGACUCAGGUUACUAAAGUACAUACGCAAUACAGGGAGAUGUUCUCGGCGUUGGAGCAAGAAAAUAAGGAAUACAAUGAACAGAGAAGAGCGUGCCUGCGAGUUUAUCCGGAACUCAGUUCGUUCUCAAAUGCCGAAACUGAUAGUUUGGUAGAACAGCUUAUGGAAAGAUUGACGGUGUUCGAAGAUGAAGUCAGCAAAGUAGGGGAUGAUUUUAAUGAAGCGAAUGUGACUGUCAUUGAAGACGUGGAAAGGAGGACAUCGAUGAAAAGAAAGAGGAUUUCAUAUCGGGUGAAAGCGGUUGCUGAUUGCUGCGAAACUGAAGAAAGCAGUGAGAGUGGAGACGACGGCAAUAUUUUAGAUAUGCCACAACUUCAUUCCGAAGACAGCGAUGAAGGAGUGGAAGACGAAGAGACGUGUGACGUUCCUAUCGCCCGUCGCGUGGAUAAAGGUGGCGUUCAUAUGAGCGACUUCGAGUUGUCGUCAGUUACUUCAGAGGACGACGAAGGAUCGUCGAAAUGCACCACAGCUACAGGCAGCAGCAAGGAUGGCCCUGCCACUGCAGUGGGUCCGAAACCUGGGGCAGGCAGUAAACCGACGCCUCGGUCACCGGCCACCCGGCGAGGCAGGCGAUUCGGCCGUCGCUCUGCACGGUAGCCGCCCACGGGGGUUCUGUGCCUUUUGCUGAGAUGGCUGCCUGGCCUAUAGGGUAGCAAGUGAUGCUUCUACCGAGACAGUUUGAUUGGAAGUGCAACAGAAUGACACUUAGGAUAUUCUGCACUGUGCCAGUGCUGCCUCAUCCUCGGACGAUUCCGGAACGAGCCGACUUCCGGCAGUUAUACAGAUUGCAAGUGUUAUCCAAUUCUGGUUUGCUCCCAGUGUUUAGUUCUGUGCUAUUACUGAACAAUAUAACUAGACUACACUUGUGUGUUGAUGAUGUAAAGGAAUAAAAAUAAUUGGAUGUAAUCUUUCACUGGCUCUCUGUGCAUCUUGCCUUUUAUGUCAACAGAACACACAGAGAUAGUACUUGUUUGGUCAGUACACUUUGUAAUAUGUUAAAGUGACUUGUUGUGGACUAUCCUUAUUACUUACCAACUUUGACUGUGAUCCAGCAGACUUGAUGCAGAUUAUAUCUUACUGUAAUGGAAAA